AUGGCGAUUUCAGUAGAGAGCAUCGCAGCCAAAUCCGGCACGCCGGAAAUCUAUACGGCGCAUGAAGAGAAAGUUGGCAAUCGCUCCUCUGCGAGAGAUGACUUCGACAGUGAUCCUCAAGCCUACGAGGCACGCAAACUUGAUCUUCGGACUAUCCUUGGACUGCUGGCUCUUGCGGUCACCUAUGAAUCUUGCCUCCUCUCCUUCGUCUUACCCGGGGUGAUUCUAUUGGCAAUAAACGAAGACAUCGGUCCUUCGAACAACAUCGCAUGGGUUGCUACUUCUUGGGCACUUGCAAGUGCCGUGGUUAUGACUGUCGCUGGGAGAUGUAGCGACAUAUUCGGACGUCGCAACUUCUUCAUCACAGGGAACCUCCUGGGGAUUAUCGGUUGUGCAAUUGCUUGCAGAGCUAGGAACGUGUCCAUGCUCAUUCUCGGGGCUUCGUUUCUGGGUCUCUCUGGUGGUUUGCAGCAACUGGCCUUUGCAGCGGCGAGUGAAAUUGUUCCUAAAAGAAAUCGAGGACAGACAAUAGCUGCUCUGAGCAUUGUCUCGCUCCCAGGGUCGGCCUUUGGCGCUCCAAUAGCAUAUCGGAUUAUCACGGUAGCCUCCUGGCGUUGGACAUACUAUGUGUCUCUCAUUGUCAAUACUCUGGCAUUCAUCUUAAUCCUUGUGUGCUACUGGCCUCCGGAUUUCCUUGGGCUACAUCCGGAGGGGAAAACACGGCGCCAACAAUUUUUCGAGCUGGACUUUCUGGGACUCCUUCUUUUCGGCGGUGGAUUGACUACGUUCCUUGUCGGUAUCGGGUUUGGAGGAAACCCUUAUCCAUGGACCAGCGCAAUUGUCCUGGCUCCGACUAUCAUUGGUGGUCUCUCCGUCUUUGUAGCAUUCCCUCUCUGGGAAGCGUAUAGUCCCGAUACGAUAACGAAAUUCUGCCCCCCUCGACUCAUACGCGACGUUAGAGCCGUUGUCGUGCCUAUAGCAGUCUCGUUCGUUUCAGGUAUGGCCCUUAUAAGUACAGGUAUUCUAUGGCCACAGCAAGUUCAACGUCUCUUUACUACGGAUCCACAGACUAUAGGCUGGUACGGCCUAGCUACUAAUGCCUCUGCCACCGUUGGACUUAUAGUUAUUGGUCAGACCUUCGCAACUGUUCGCAGGACGAGGUGGCAAUUCAUUUUCGUUGUCGUCAUGAUGGCGAUCUUUCUGGGAUUGAAUGCUACAGCUAAUCAGCACACUCCCGCAAGAGCAAUUAUUUUCGUCGGGCUUGCCUCAGCUAUGGUGGGUGCCACUAAUUGCAUCAGCAUUCUCAUCGUACAGCUCGGUGCUCGCGACCAAGAUAUUGGACUUGCGACCGGUUUGGUCAACUCCACCCGUGGUAUCGGCGGCGCUGUUGGGGUUGCCAUAUAUUCCAGCCUGUUGGCAAACCGAGUGACUAGCACAUGGGCCCCUAAAAUCGGCAAGGCACUGCUUGGGGCUGGUCUCCCUGCUUCUUCACUGACAGAGUUUCUCACUGGGCUGCCGGUUGGAGAUGUUUUGAAUGUACCUGGUGCUACUCCCUCUAUUAUCGAAGCAGGACUAGAAGCCCAGAAGAAUGUAUACGUGGAUGCUUUCCAACUAAUCUACUGUGUCACUGUGGCCUUUGGGGGUUAG